AAAAGGUCAAAGUUUACUAUUUCCCUGAAAACGGGGAGAAUUUUCUACGCGCCCCGUUUUUGGCGGGGAGGGAAUCAGUACCCGGUCCGCCGCUGAGCGGCAAGCGCGUAUCGCGCAACGCACAUCGGCAACACACACAAAGCAAUAACAAACGUAGCUAAAAACAAGACUGACGGGUCGACAAUAAAUAGAUUAUAAGCAAAACAAUGAAGUUAUUUACAAGAUGCAAGCAAGUGAAAGGCUACGUAUCAUCAUAUCGGAAUAUUACAUAAUCGCAACGUGAAAGUCAGUGCAACGCCGACACUGGCCAGCGACACACGCGUCGAAAAAAAAAUAAAAAAAAAUAAAGUGACGUUCGGAAAUUAAAAAGUAAAAUAGUGAGUGGAAAACGCGGGAAAGUGAGGGAGUUUGCUGUACAUCGUUAUAUUUAGUCUGUGCCGCCCGCCGACCAAUGGCGGGGCGUGGACCGCCCCCGCGGGGGGUAUGUCUGGUGCUACUCGCCCUGUAUGCCGCACCGGCAUCGACGCGGCGAGCGGAGCCAUACUACGGUCGGCCCAUCGGCCGGCUAAACCAGUACGCACACGGCAUUCGUGGCCAAGUGUACGCAGUCGACGAGAACACGGUAUUCGUGCGCGGCUUUGCAUACGACGGUACCGGUCCUGACGCAUACUUCUGGGUCGGUGACACGCCGCAACCCUCACCGGAGGGUGUGCCUAUACCCUAUCCUGAAGAUUAUACGACUAGAGAUCCGCCAAUACUGACGGCUCACACAAACACAGACAUACUGCUCCGGUUGCCGGGCGGCAAACGGCUGAAGGACAUCAAGUGGUUGUCUGUCUGGUGUCGAAGGUUUACUGUAAACUUCGGCGACGUAUUCAUCCCGCCAGGCCUCGACCCGCCGAGGCCGAGAGUCCUCCCCGAACUGAAGAGGCUCGCGCACGGCCUCCGCUCUGGAAACAUCAGCGUUCUAGACGCCAAAACGUUCUACAUUCCUAAUCUGCAUUAUGAUGGCGCCGGGCCUGACGCGUAUUUCUGGGUCGGCAAUGGAAGCGAACCCAAUCCGUUUGGCACUAAGGUCCCAAGCGAAAGCGGCUCCCUCCACCCCCUCCGCGGUUACCAAGGCGAAGACAUCGAGAUCCAACUGCCCGGGAAGCUAACAGCGUAUGACAUAGACUGGCUCGCUGUCUGGUGUGUGGAGUAUCGGCACAACUUCGGACAUGUCUAUAUCCCAAAGGACUUAGAUGUGCCGCCGGCGUUGGGCCAGACGAAAAUUACUCCUGCUUGGUGGUAUAACCCUACAAGUUCAACUACGUCACAAACCCCCGCUAGCGCUACUAAUAACUGCAAGGAAAUUUUAGACAAAAGGCUGCAGGUCAAAUGGGAACUACAGGGCAACCAAAUACAAAUAACGCUCUCGGCGCGUCUAAGGCGGGAGCAAUACAUGGCCUUCGGGAUAUCAGGAGCUGAAGGCAGACCGGCCAUGCUGAACGCUGAUGUCGUGGUUGCUUACUGGGACAACAAAGCAAAUCAACCUAAAGUAGCAGACUACACGAUAAGCCACUUAGCCCAAUGUGACGGAGAGAGAGGCGUGUGCCCCGACGCGAGACUUGGCGGCAGUAACGACGUUGUCGUAGUAUCAGGACAGCAGAAGAACGGCAUAACCACCAUCACCUAUCGUCGCCCUCUAGCGGCCAAAGAACCAAACAAGGACAAAGAAGUGCUUACAUCGCGCUCGCAGUCUGUGAUCGCGGCAUUUGGACCUCUCAACUCGCGAUAUGAGGCCAAUGCUCAUUCCUUUAUGGAUACUACUAGAACUGAUGUGCAGCUUGACUUUGGAGCUCAGAACGACCACACGUGCAUCGGCCUAGCUGAGUUGGAUGACGACGGCCCAGCACCAUGGCCGCCGCGCGUCAUCGCCGGCGUCACCAACUUCACCGCCCGCAUCGGGCCUGCUGGUGGCAAGCGAGGCUACACUCCUAUCACUGACAAUGACAUAAGUAAAGGAUUUUUACCGUAUGGGCAUCCAUCUUGGGGUAUCGCGUGGUACAUCAACGACCAGCUGAUCCCGGAGCUGUAUGUGGAGCGAGGCAAGACGUACACCUUCAUUGUUGAGGGCGGCGAGGAUCAGACCAACCCUGCUAAGUUUCACCCGUUCUACAUCAGCGACUCAUCGGAAGGCGGUUACGGGCAGAAAAAGCCAGAAGACCAGAACAAGCAGCGUGUGUUUGCGGGAGUGGCGCGCGACAACGAAGGCUACGCGUACCCUACUGCUAUCGGCCGCUACUGCGAAUGGAUACACAAGACAACGGAUCAAUCGGCCGUUUCUGACACGUUCGAGACCUAUAUGAAGACGCUACAGCUGGAGUGUAAUGAAGGCGAGCCAGGAAUACUCAACUGGACAGUAGCCGAAGAGACGCCUGAUCUGGUGUAUUAUCAGUGCUACACACACAAUAACCUGGGUUGGAAGAUUCACGUCCUAGAUCCAGGACAACCAAUACCACUUCCAGGAGAUCAAAGAGCUAACUCAGCAACUGUAUACCUACCAACGGUUACAGCAUUGAUUGUCAUUUUAAUAUCCUUUUACAAUAUUGCAUCAAGAUAAGAUUGCAUUGCACAAAUAGCGAGCUCUGUUAAAAAAGUGUAUGAAACGGUAGCUAUUAACAUAAUUAUCUCAAAUUGUAAACUUUGGGAUUUGCAAAUUAAAACUAAAUAAACGAGAUUUGCUGUUUCAUAUACGUCGUGGAGAUUGUGAUAUAUUGUUGGGAUAUUAUUAUAAUAUAAGAAGUAACAGAGCUCGCACGAAUUUAUGUACAGGAGUUUUUUAAAUUGGGUAAAUAAUGUCAAUCAGAGUUGAAUCAAUUUCAUAUCAAGUACAUUCUAUAAAUUGCAUUUUGUGCAUUUAUCUUUACGAUUUAGCUUCAAAAUAUAGAUGAAAUCAAUAGUUUACUAUUGUAAUAAAUGAAUAUCAUAGAAGUAAUGAUUAUACAUUUGUGUAUUUACAUUUUACGGAAUUGAAAAAGCUUACGGCUUGACAAUAAUUACAUUUUAAUGAUUUAAGUAAAAAAGCGUCACAAUAGAAACUUCGACAAUAAAAAUCGGCUAAAUGUAUAAAAAAUAAGUAGUUAAAUUAAGAUUAUUUUAGGUGCAUGCCUCGUGCUUGACAAUAUUAAUAGAUUUUUAAACGUUUUGUAUAACAACUAUACUUUUAUUAUUGUUAAGUCUACUAUUGUUAGUAUAAAAUAUACUUAUGUGACAAUAAAUACCAUAAAUGGAAUCUAAACCAAUUACUACAUAUAAUACCUAUAUAUGUAAGAGUGCAGCGUUCGUGUUUUAUGCAAUAUAUAUUUUAUAUAGAUAUCAAGAGAAGUUGAUCAUUCAAGAAAAAAACCUUUUACUGAGGCGAGAAUUGAAAUUUACAAGAACGCGGUUAGAAUAAACUCAAUUGAAUAAAUUGUUAAAUUAAUAUCAUUAAAUGUGUCGUAAAACUGUACGAAAUCGAAGGGUUAAAAUUUUCCGCUGCAGGCAUAAUCAAUUUAUAGUAAAUAGUUUUCCUGUGUCGAAAAUGAUUUUACAAAACAAUAAAUUAAGGAUAAUUAUGUAUAAUACAUAUAACCCCUUUUAAAUAAAAUUAUUGGAGCGAAGUCUUGAUGUCUAAAAUAAUUCCUACUUUUGACAUACGUCUGACAAUAAAGUUCGUCUUCUAAAUUGAUUAAGAAUAACAAUCUUUAUAAUAUAGAGCAUGAUGUUAAACCAUUAGGCUUUCAUCUUGGAACUGUAAUUAGUAAAUCAAUUGUUGUCGUACAGAUUUUAUAAUUACGAGGGUGAUGUUUGGAAGAUGUAUUUGCUAUGAAAACAACAAAAUAAGAGACAAUAAAAUGAAUUGUUAAAUUUAGUAUUUAUGUAAAUUAUUUCUAAAAUAUUUUACGAAUGCCUACUUUAAAUGUCAAAUAAGUAUAAAUAAAUGUUUGCUUAGUAAAACUUAUUUUACCUGGAUGGCCUCUGACCACGAUAAGAAGUUUUCUACAAAUAGUGCAUCAUUAUUAGGUCGUCCAAAAUAGUCAUACUUAAUUUAAAUUAAGUCAAACUAGCUUAGCUAUAGGACAUUUUCAAGUUACCAAGAUGUGGAUUGUUUUGACCUAAGAGGUACCUAUAUUAUAGCCUUGAAUUACUUCAUAUGUAAUAAACUUUAAUGUACUGAAUGUUACUCUGACAAUAAAUUUGAAAUCGUCUGAAUAAUAAUAUCUCUAUUAUAAAUUUGAAAUUUAUGUUGUGCGUUUACGGAUACUAUUUUAGAGAAUUGUUUUCAUAUAUAAACUUUUACCUAUUAGAUAUACCUAACGAUAUCGUAAGGGAUUAUAUAGACAAUAAAUACUAGAAAGUAAUUUUAAAUCAUUUUACACUUCGUAGUCGUAGAUGUUGGAGCACAAAUUUCUGUUAAAUAUAAGAUUUUUUAUAGUAAGUAGUUAAUUAAAUUUGUAACUAAAAAUAACAGAUAUAAAAGUUUUCAAUUAAUGUCAAAGGCAUGUGCUUUAUAUUGUGAAGUGUUUGUGCCUUUGACGCAGAAAUAAGGUAUAUUUAAAGUUACUAACAGCAAAACGGUGCUUAGUUUUGGUCUUAUUUAUCUUAAAGUUAUUCAAUAUUAUCUAGAUAGAUGCUUGAGCUUACUAAAGGACAGCAACUAACAUCAUCAAUAUAAAACCGUUGAAAUUAGAAAUGAAAAUGUAGUUUAUUGAUUUACUUAGUAUUUUUAAAAUAAAUCAUUUACAUUUACAUGGUUUUACUGCUUGCCAGAGGUUCGUGAUUUUUUACUAUUCCAUUUGGAAACGAUACUCAUAACAGAAAUUACAAUGAUCUUUUAUAAUGAAUCAAUAAAUAAAUCAACCUUGUCAAUAAUAAAAGGAAAAUCUGUGUUUACAAUGAACCUACAAAAUAAGUGAUACUAAACAGUAAAAGACUUUUUAUUCU